GCUGCGUUUGUUUUCGACAUCCAACCAUUCAAAAUAUAUGAGUCCACACUCCCACGUAGUUGUUGUAAAGCAUACAAAAAUGCCCGAGCCAAAUCGCAUCGGAACGUAUGUUGAAUACGUAAACUUUCUGAGCCUUUUGAAGAGGUUGAAACCAAGCGUUACUCCGAGUGAAGCUAAUGAAAAGUAUAGUCUCAGAGAAAUAGAAACGUUCUCAUCCGAAGAAUAUUCCGGAAAGAGUUCUAAGAAACCGACUGUGGAGAAAGGAAAAUGUAAGCCCGAGAUUGAAUCAAGUAGUACUGGUAAUGAAACUGGUGUAUCCAUUGAUGUCGAUAUCAGCCUCGAAAGGGAAGCCCCACCAGCACCACUUACGCCUAUAAUAAUCAUAGCAAAUAGAAAUCCAGUGGAAGUUAUCGACAGUCACAGCCAAGCGGUUGCAGUGCCUACGACGAAAAAGAAAAAACGACCAUCUCCAGAAAAGAGGCAUGUCUCUUCUAGAGCAACGCCAGAGAUCAUCACGGAUCUUUAUCUCACACAGAGACCACUACCUAAACAGUCCAUGUUUUACCUUGGGGUUGCAUCUGCCAUUUAUGUGCUGACCUUCUUUGUGUAUUUGCUUUACAAAAGAUUUUACUUUACUGGCGUUGAUACGAGAGUAAUGAAUGUGACACAAAUUAUUCCUCAUUUAGACAUUUUCCAAACAAACAAGACAGAUGUUUUUGAUAUGAUAAAUGACACUGCAUCUUUAACCUCCUUAUUAUAGGUACUGUCAUAAAAUAUGUAUAUAUAAUGUGUAUAAAAUAUGUAUGUUUAUAAACUAUUUUGGAACUAAUGAGAAGUCAUAGCCAUAUUUAACUCUUUGUUAACCCUAAAAUGAAGGCGAUUUUCUAUAUCAUAUCUGUUAUAUAUUUUGAUUUCCUUUUUAAAAUUAGAUGAUAAUAGUUCAUUCUCCAUUCAAGUGUCAUCACAAAUCUACAAUUAAUGAAGUCUCGGUUUAAAGUACUCUUUGCCAAAUAUUGGACCUCUCUCUCAAAUAGACCCACCCAAAUUUGAGUAUUUUUCCUAAUUAAUUGUUUGCAUGUUUUAAUGUAUAUAUCAUUUUAAAUGCAAAUUUCCUGGUGAAUUUAGAGUUGUGAAACAAUUUCCUACCAAAAUUGUGAAUGAUUGUCCAAAAUCAGUUCGAAAUCAACAAGUCUGUAAAAAGGAUAUUACCUACAACAUCGGCAGCAGCCUUGCAAGAAAUCUGUGAGGAACAUUUUCAACAUUACUGAAAAAGUAAUAUAAAAAUAAAUAUAGAAAAAUUAAGAAUUGAGAUAUUUUCGACAAAAAAACUGCUUAGUUAUACUAUUGUCCCUCAUUGAUGUGUGCGAAAGACGAAAGCUAUUUUGAAGCGUCAUUUUGAACCGAAUUAUUUGAAAGCAUAUGAAUCCCUAGGUCUUCUCCAAAUUUUCACGUCAGUAAAAAGAUAUUUAACUUCGACAGAAUAAACUUGCAUACAUUCCACUGAAAUGAUAAUUUUUUGGCGGACUCGGGUAACAGACAUGAUAUCUUCAGCGAUAAAAGCAAGAAUUUAUCAACAAACCACUGCAACCUUCGUAAAAAAAAAUUUAAUGCUCACCGUUCCUGAUAUAAUACAAAAAAAAAAAUCUCGCCUAACAAAGGGUUAACUUUAUAUUUUGGAAACUAUGUCUAAAUUUUAUUUUUUAAAUAUUUAAAUUCUUACAUGUUUUUCAUUAAUUUUCUAAAUUUGUACU